UCAGCCAUUUUUCUGAUCUCUAUCUCACCGGCCAUUCAAACGUAAAGACGAUAAUAUGUUUCUUUUUACCGCCAUAUUCACCCGCCUGACUACCUCUUCUCGGUGGCCAUUCCUCGUCUAUGCUGCCACCUGGACAGCUAUACUCUCCGUGGUGGUGGCGGUGGCGUCUUUCGCUCCGGAGGUUGCCUUCGUGUCUGCCAUAUCUUCGUCCUCUUCUUUCUCGACAGCGUGCGAGACGGACGGAUCCGUAAGAGUGCCGUUGGAUGUGCCGGGAGAGACCCUGUGCUUACCGGCCAACCUGUUCAGCAAGUCUAAGAUUGAUUUCAUCGUUCCUCCGGUCUUUGCGGCGGCGGUCGUGGCUGCGUCUGCUUGCUUGGUCCGGGCAAUGUGCCUUUGGGAUGACGAUGAAACCUAUUAGUUCUAAAAGUUUUGAUACUUUGCAAUUUGCUUCAUAAAUAUACUGCUUAUUGUAAAGAUUAACGCUAGCGCGCUCCUAAUAAUUUAUAUCAAUCG